AUGACAUCCGACCAUACCCCGUCUCUUGUCUCUCUUCACGGUUCAGACAUCCGUUCUCGCACAAUUACAUGUCAGGAAUUGUUUGCCAGCCUUCGUUCCUCAGUGCCAGAUCUGUCAGACAUGGACUGGUUCGAAUAUCGUGAGGCCGAAUUUAACCUCUGGUGUAAAGUAAUAAAAGCGGACAGGAAGGGCAAAUCAUCGCUGGAAUAUCGAGUCCGCGAUCACGCUAAUGUUCGUCAGUUGUUUCUGGACUUGUUGGAUGGCUUACGUGAAUCGCUCAGUCAUCUCUUGGAAUUGACUCGUCUGAAGCCAUCGAUGAUUGCUGGAUGCGCUGAUAUGCACGAGCAUGGCGAGACAGAUGACGCAGCUAGUUCCUCCAGUAGUGGCGCUUCCGAAAUUGGCAGUGAGUUAAACGACAUGGAUAAGCACGAAGUUGAGUACCACAUGUUUUAUAUCAAAGCGACAAUAGCACGGCUCAUCGACUUGUCAACCAAGAUUCGACAAUCUGGCAACAAGUAUCGCUAUCACAAGGCUGAUACAUCACUCAAAGAAGGGGACUUCAUUGAAUACGUACAGUCUUGGAAGAGCAGUAUACUUGGCGGUAGCUUGGAAAAAGCGACUGCUGCCGUGCCUUACCAGAUAGGAGCAAUCGCCGACUUCCUUCACGAAAGUAGAUUGACGACAGUACAACGACGCUUGAUACGUGCAAACCUUCUUCGUCGGAAUAGAAUACAAUUUAUUCGAGAGUCUACUGAAGACCACGAGGCCAUCAUUGAGGCAAAUAUUGCGGAAACGGCAAUGGAGUUUGAACCGCAGCCUACACAAUUGGAGACCGUGGAUCGCGAGUUUGAGGUCGAGUCUCAGGCUUUACCCGACGACGACAUGCCCGUCCAAGCAAGUUCUAAGGUUAUCCCUUCGGCAUCGCAUACAGCCACGCACAUAGGAUCGCAAUUUGAUCUAUCUCUCUUUCUCCAAGAGGAGAAAUCGCCGUCUAUCGUAACCCGGGCCACUCGGAUAGGAAGUCGAGAUGACUUGGAGUACCCGAAAUGUCCCAAGCCAUCCACCGUCGGCAGUCUACUGACUUGCCCUUACUGUGCCAAUGUACUGCCAGAGCAAUGCCUCAGGAUUCUGACUUCUUGCAGAAAACAUGUAGCCAACGAUAUCCUGCCCUACUCUUGUUACUAUGAAAACUGCGCCAUGCCCGAUCUCAUGUGGUCGACUUCCGACGAACUAAUGAGGCAUCUAAACGAAUACCACUCUCAGAUCGAAUGGACGUGUCCAUGGUGUACUAAGGAUCUUAAUAGCAAACAUUUCUCUACCUUCAGCAGUAGGCAAACUUGGGAAACGCACGCGAUCGAACAGCACCAAAACAUUGCAGCUUCCAUCGAAUUAUCGUCUCUUUCCGAAAUCUGCCAGCGAAGAACGCCGGAACCUGUACCUUGUCCUUUAUGUACCCAUGGCAAUGACCACACUCAGCUAGUCGACGACGAUCACAUCCUCUGGCAUGUACACGAGUUCGCGCUGAAAUGUUUUCCGUGGGAAGACGCUACUGAAGAGGGUGAAGAAGAGGACGAUGAAAUACAAGUCCUGACGAAUUUUGACUUUGCGAUGUCCAAAGAAGAAAUUGAGGACUUAUACUCGUUUGACGUAGAAGAGAAAGACGAGCGUGUAUUACUUUCGGAUACACUGAAAUCUUUCUAUGACAGCUUAGACUCAGACGCUCCGAGCUCAUCGAGAUCGACGGAAGACACCACUGAGCCCCUAACAUCAUCAGCAAUCUCAGCGAUAGAAAGGGAACUUAUUCUAUGGGAACCUGCGACCAUUGCGGAAGGAAUGUCAACUACACUUGGUCAGAUCGAAUCACCGGCAUACCAAGUGAGCUUGGACAAGCGAAGCCUCCCGAAGCCGCCCGCUCUCGACCUUCCAGCCCGGCCCAUCAAAAAAUCACCCAACAGCAGACACCGGGUCGCCAAAGAUGUUCACAAGGGGAACAGAGUCAGAGUCGCUAGCGCAUGUAUUAGAUGCAGAGUACAAAAGGUUACAUGCUCGGCUGUUGACCCUUGCGAAACCUGCAAGAAGCUUGGGCAACAAGCCACAGAGUUCUCUUGCAUCCGCGGGGACUUGACGAGUGUAGCCAAGGAGCUUUCGCCUAGGCGUUUCGCUGGCUUGAGACUUGACCGUAUAGUCAAUGACACCCUGAGAACGGGUGGCCCGCAAUUUCAAGGGCCUGUAUUUGAAGGGCAAAUCUUUCUCGAGCCAGAUAGCUCCAGGCCAGGUCUCAGAGCCACUCUCAGAAAUUUCACAUGCGCUGCCCUCAGCUGUCGCGGCUGCACUCUGACUAGGAACCCAGAGAACAGGGCCAUGUCACAGGACAGCCUGGUAGACUGGGCUUCACAAUACGUUUCCUCUGAAGAUCACAGGACCUUUGAGGGGCGUAUCGAGUAUUUCAUCAAGCAUUACGCAAUGCCAAGUCAAUAUAAUCCUUAUAAUACGGCGCAACGUCCCAAGUCUCAGACCGAACUGUUGCAAAAGGUGCACACGCUCAACGCCAUGUGCAGAAUCUACCGCUCGCCAGAACUAUACUUCAUCCGCUCAGGUGAGAUUCGGCUCUCCGAGCUUCCUCUCCCAGCUCAGGCGGAAAUCCGUGGCAUCGCGAGGUCCGUCAUCGAGUCGUCUGAGCGAGACAUCCUCGCCGACCUCGAUAGGUAUCUCAAGCCCACCAAGUCCAAGAUGGAUAACCACGAGAGGCCCGCGGUAUGGGCUGCGCUGUGGCAGCUCAUGUUCAUCUACCGCGACCUUCUCAGAAACGUCAAGCCGUGGCACGGCAACGCAGAGCCUCUCUUGAAUGCCGUGGCGGUGUCCUACGCGAGUCUCUUCCGGACCUCCGCGACGCUGAAGCUGCUGUCACUCGACACCGUCAAGGGUCAUUGGCCUGCUGGUGAAACCCAGCAGGUUGGUCUCACGAAAGCGUUUGACGGCAUUUUGGAACUCCGUGACACUUUCCAUCAAAGAAUCGCUUCUGGAGUGGACGCAAUUGACCAGCGUCUCAAGGUGCUUGUUGUAGAUCCCGAGAUGAAGGUCUUGAAAUGCCGGCCGGCUCCCAAGAAACAGGUCAGCGCAAAACGUGGCGCGUCUGGGCAGUAUGACGAAGAUGAAAUUAUGACAGGCUGCUAG